AUGAACGACUCAAUGACGGAAAAGGCGCACAAAUACGACUGCGUCGUCGUCGGCGCGGGCUACUCCGGCCUCGCUGCCGCAAGACUCCUCAAGGACUCGGGCAAGAACGUCCUGGUACUGGAAGCCCGCAACCGCGUCGGCGGGCGCGCCAGGACGAUACCCCUCGACAACGGCGACUACUGGGACGUCGGCGCAUCUUUCCUCGGCGACCAGCAGCACCUGAUGUACGCCCUGGCCGAGGAGUUCGACGUGCCGCUCUUCACGCCGCCGACGGACGGCAAGAUCGUCCUGGCGUACCGGGGCAAGGCGCGCGAGUACCGCGGCCUCAUCCCGCCGAUGCGGCCGUGGGAGGUCCUCGACAUGGGCCUGUUUGUGCGCCGGUUCGAGAAGCUGUGCGAGAGCGUCGACGUCGAUGAGCCGUGGCGCACCCCCGGCGCCGAGGAGCUCGACCGCGUCACGGUCCACGAGUGGCUGAGGAAGGGCGCCUGGACGCAGGCGACCAUCGACAUGGGCAGCCUGGCGUUCGAGGCGACCCUCGGGCAGAACACGUCGUGCGUCUCGAUGCUGCACGCCCUCUUCUUCUUCCGCGUCGUUGCCGGCUUCACGUCCGCCCUCAGCUCCGAGAAUGGCGCGCAGCACCACUUCGUCACGGGCGGCGGCCAGGCCAUCGCCGACAAGCUGCGCGAGCGCCUCGGCGACGACGUCGUCCGUCUCGGGGAGCCCGUCCGCGGCAUCACGAGGACCGAGAGCCUAGCGACGAUCCGGACGGACAAGGGUGAGUACCGCGCGCGCCGUGUCAUCCUCGCCGUCCCGCCCCCCCAUGUGCUCAAAAUCGACUUCUUGCCGCGGCUGCCCGUGGAGAAGGUCACGCUGCUGCAGAACAUGCCCAUGGGCGCCUUCUCAAAGGUCUACGCCACGUACAAGACGCCCUUCUGGCGCGACAAGGGCCUGACGGGCGAGAGCACGAACCCGACGGGCUUCCUCGGCGUCACCUACGACGCGACCCCGCCGUCCGGGUACCCGGCCAAGCUCGUGGGCUUCAUCGCCGGCACCAGGACGCGCGAGUUCGUCGGCUUCGGCGCUGAGCAGCGGCGGCACGUCGCGCUGGCCGGGUUCGCCGCCGCCUUCGGCCCGGAGGCGCUCGACCCGGACGACUUUUUUUACCACAACAUGAUGAUGGAGGAGGAGUGGUCCGCCGGGUGCCCGAUGGCGACGCCCGCGCCGGGCAUGUGGACACUGCUGGGUGAGUGGCUGCGGAAGCCCGUCGGCGCGAUACACUGGGCCGGCACGGAGACGUCGACGAAGCACUACGGGUACAUGGAGGGCGCCGUCUUCGCGGGCCAGAGGGCCGCGCGUGAGGUCUUGGAGGAGUUGAAGUGGAAGAUUUGA